AUGGCUAAGGCAGAUAUCAAUGGCAAAGAUCGUAGAUGGUCUCUUCAUGGAAUGACUGCUCUUUUCACCGGAGGAACGAAAGGGCUCGCGCAUGCUAUUGUGGAGGAAUUGGCAGGGCUAGGUGCAAUUGUGCAUACUUGUUCUCGAAAUGAAGACCAGCUCAAUGACUGCUUGAGUCAAUGGAAGAUGAAGUGUUUUCAUCAAAUCAUUGGUUCAGUAUGUGAUCUGGUGUCAAGAGCCCAACGGCAGGAGCUAAUAAACGAAGUCUCAUCACAAUUCAAUGGGAAACUUAACAUCCUUAUAAGUACUCCAUUCAUAUAA